ACGCUCCGACACGGUAGCUCCAGCAGCAAUAUCUGUCAAAAAAAACAGAGCAGCAAUGGCGUGGAGGUCGAGCUUGGAUUUGGGAAAGAUCGUGCCCCCCGCCGGCUUCCUCCUCCACGGCCGUGCCGCCGUUCCCAGGACCCCCUUUCUCCGGGAGAGGAGCGUGAGGGGGAGGCGCGGCCUCUCCUUCUCGUCCUCCAAUGGUGCGGCUGCACGGUCCCCGUUGAGCGACUCGGAGAAGAAAGGCCCUGUGGUGAUGGAGAUCCCACUAGAAGAUAUCAGGAGGCCACUAAUGCGAACUCGUGCCAAUGAUCCUGCCAAGGUGCAGGAGCUCAUGGACAGCAUCCGUGUCAUCGGUCUCCAAGUACCCAUUGACGUGCUGGAGGUUGAUGGAGUCUAUUAUGGUUUCUCUGGAUGCCACCGCUACGAGGCUCACCAACGCCUAGGACUCCCAACCAUCCGCUGCAAAGUCCGCCGAGGGACAAAAGAAACACUGAGGCACCAUAUGCGAUGAAUCUGUGGGAAGAUGAACGGGCUGCUUCUGCCAGGAAGUGCCAUAUGUUAUGUCUAGUGCUGAAAGGGAUCCCUUGCUCUCCAUGUAAUUAUCUAUACGUGUAAAUGUUGGCCAAUCAAAUGUGUGAAAUGACACUCGUUA